AUGGAAGAGCCUGCAGCUCCCUCUGAAGCCUCUGAGGCACCUGGGGCAUCUGCGGGUGCCGAGGCAGCAGGGGAGGGUGCAUCUGGGCCUUCCCUCCGCACGCGCCCGGUCUUCCGGCAAUUUUCAGCUGCAGGUCCGGCCCCCCUCCGUGCGUCACGUCUGAGGCCUGCCCAGGCUGCAGGGGGAGGGGCUGGGCUCAGUCUCCUGCCGGGCCGGAGUGGUGGCAGCUGGACGAAGCAAGUCACCUGCAGGUAUUAUCUGCAUGGGCUUUGCAAGGAGGGGGAGAACUGUCGUUACUCUCAUGACCUCUCGGGCCGGCAGGUGGCCAGGGAGGGCCCUGGUCCUGCAGACCAAGGCCCUAGCACGGCUGCGCAAGCUGAGACCCUUCCUCAGGAAGUGGCGGAAGCCCCUCCCGCUGCAUCCUCUUUCUCCUUGCCUGUGAUUGGCUUGGCUGUUGAAGGGGGUUCCUUUGAAGCUGGGAGAGACAAUGCAGGCCUUGAAGCUGCUGGAGGAGCAGGUGCGGAAGGCUGGGAGAAUGCCAUUGAGUUUGUUCCUGGGCAACCCUACCGGGGCCGCAUGUUCCCUAGUCCCAGCGCUCCUCCACAGAGCUCAGUGACUGAGAGGGAACAGAUUGCAGUGGGCAGGGGGCCGCCGCUUUGCCGGGAUGCUGCAAUGGGGCAGUGCUUUCGUGGGGAGAGCUGCAUGUAUCUCCAUGGAGAGAUAUGCGAUAUGUGUGGGCGUCAGGUCUUGCACCCUCUGGAUCCUGUGCAGAGGGAACACCAUAUAAAGGCUUGCAUUGAAGCACACGAGGAGGAUAUGGAACUCUCGUUUGCAGUGCAGCGAAGUAUGGACAAAGUGUGUGGCAUCUGCAUGGAGGUUGUCUAUGAGAAAGCCAACCCCAGUGAUUGCCGCUUUGGCAUCCUCUCCAACUGCAACCACACCUACUGUCUUAAGUGUAUCCGCAGGUGGAGGACUGACAAACAGUUUGGCAACAGGAUCGUCAAGUCCUGUCCACAGUGCAGGGUCACCUCCAACUUUGUCAUUCCCAGUGAGUUCUGGGUGGAGGAGGAGGAAGAGAAGCAGAAACUUAUUCAGCAGUACAAGGAGGCAAUGAGCAACAAGACUUGCAGGAUUGACUCAGUUCUAGUCUAG